CUAUUUAUUAAUUAUCCUCUAAACUCAAAAAAGCUUUAUUUUUUUUUCCUCAUUCAUUUCUAUCAUCAAAACACAACACAAAAUAAUUUCCUCUGUCAAACAAAAAGUCAAGAAAAGAACUGUUUAGUGUUUGUUUUGUUGUUGCCUAUGUUGUCCUUGUAGAUCUUGAAGAAGAUUCAGUUCAAGUCUUGUUUUUCUUCAUUGAAGCUGUUCUUGAUUUUCUUGAGGAAAAGUAAGGAUUUUCUUCUGACCCUUUUGAAGAUUUUGUUCUUGGAGUUGAUUGGUGGGGUUUGCUAAGGUUGUUGUAGUGAUUUCUUGUUCUGGGUUGUUUUGUAAAUUGUUGUGGUGAAGGAGGUGUUGAAGUAGAUUUUGGGGGUGUGAAAAAGGUUUGAACUUGAAGUGGAUUUGGUGAUUUUGUUUUUUGAGGAGGUGAAAAGGUUUUUGAAUUUGAAGUGGUUUUGGUGAUUGUUGUUGUUUUUUUGAAGUUUGUUUCUCAAUGGCUGUAGAGGAAUCUGAGAAAAUGAUUCCGGAGUUAGAAAGAGAGGAGGAUUUGAUUGCGGCAGCUCGGCAUAUUGUGGAGGCGUUAGGUUCGAAUAAGAAUCUUACUAGUGAUGCUAAGAAGAUUUUGGCGGAUCUUGGAUCGCGGUUGUCUUCGAUGAAUAUAGAGAAUGAAAAGGAGGAGAGGAAGAUAGGGAAAACCGAGGGUGAUAUCGAUGGGGGAGAGGAGGUGGAUGAUGAGGAGGAGGAAGAAGAGGGUGUCGGUGUUAUUGAAAAACGACUUGGUUUGAUCCAGGAGAAGAUAAUGAAAUGGGAGGAAGAUGAGUCGAUGAUUUGGGAUUCGGGACCUGAGGAAUCGUCUGAGUAUUUGAAUGCGGCUAAUGAAGUGCGGAUGUUGAUCGAGAAGUUGGAGAGUAUGCAUUUGAGUAAAGAGGAUCAAGAGUAUAAGUUUUUGCAAAGGGCUCAUAGUGUUCUUCAGACGGCGAUGACGCGGCUCGAAGAUGAGUUUAGUAACUUGCUUAUCAAGAAUAGGCAACCUUUUGAGCCGGAGUAUGUCUCUUUUCGGUCGAGCGAGGAAGAUGCUGCUGAUGGGAAUUCGUUUGUCUCUUUAGGUGAUGAUUCGUUUGAGGAAUCACUUCGAAGAGAUAGUGUUAGCCGAGCCGCUGAGGAGCAUAUCAUUGAUUUAGUUCAUCCGGACGUAAUCCCCGAUCUCAGGUGUAUUGCGAACUUGCUUUUUGCUUCGAAUUAUGCGAAGGAAUGUACGCAAGUUUACACCAUUGUUCGGAGAGAUGCUUUAGACGAAUGUUUGUUCAUUCUUGAAAUGGAAAGGCUUAGUAUCGAAGAUGUCUUGAAAAUGGAAUGGAAUACUUUGAAUUCGAAGAUCAAACGAUGGAUUUGGGCUGUGAAAAUCUUUGUUCGGGUUUAUCUUGCGAGUGAGAGGUGGCUUAGCGACCAGAUUUUCGGAGAAGGCGAGCCUGCUAGUCAAGAGUCUUUUGUCGAUGCAUCGAAAGCUUCAAUUUUGCAGCUUCUGAAUUUCGGCGAAGCGAUGUCUAUCGGUCCUCACAAACCCGAAAAGUUGUUUCGAAUUCUCAACAUGUAUGAAGUUCUCGCAGGCCUUAUGCCAGACAUCGAUGCUUUGUAUUCGGACGAGGUUGGUUCCUCGGUUAAAUUUGAAUGUCACGAGGUUCUGGAUAGAUUGGGAGAUUGCGUGAGGAUAACAUUUCUCGAAUUCAAAAGUGUCGUUGAAUCGAAUCCGUCAGUAACACCUUUAAAUGGCGGUGGAAUACAUCCUUUAGCGAGGUAUGUUAUGAAUUAUCUUCGAACUCUCGCCGAUUACGGCGAAGCGCUAAAUCAUCUUCUAAAAGACCAAGAAGAAGAGGAUGUCGUUUCGUCGUCACCCGACACGAGUCCAGGUACCGAAGAAGACAACAGAAGCCAAGAUUCUCCCGGUAGAUUUCCAUCAAUGGCGCGACAAUUCCUGUCUUUCGCUUCCGUCUUGGAAAACAAUCUCGAAGAGAAAUCAAAGCUUUACAAAGAAACCUCACUGCAGCACUUGUUCUUAAUGAACAACCUUCAUUACAUGGCUGAAAAGGUCAAAGGACCCGAACUCCGGAUAAUAUUCGGCGACGAAUGGAUCCGAAAACACAACUGGAAGUUUCAGCAGCACGCGAUGAAAUACGAGAGAGCCUCUUGGAGUUCGAUUCUCAGCUUACUUAAGGACGAAGGAAUCCACGCGCCCGGUUCAAACUCCGUCUCGAAAACUCUUCUGAAGGAGAAGCUACGAAGCUUCUACCUCGGCUUCGAGGAUAUUUACAGAAUCCAAACAGGUUGGUCGAUUCCGGAUGUUCAGCUUCGCGAAGAUUUGCGGAUAUCGAUAUCGGUGAACUUGAUUCAAGCUUAUAGGACAUUUGUUGGAAGGCAUAAUAGUCACAUUAGUGACAGGAAUAUUAGAUACAGUGCUGAUGAUUUAGAGAAUUAUCUUUUGGAUUUCUUUGAGAAUUCUCAAAAGUUGUUGCAAAAUCCUCUUAGGAGGUGAUAGCUUAUAGGUAAGAAUAAUCACUUUUUUCUUUAAGUCUAACAAUGGAUUAUUGUAUUUGAUGAUCACAAAACCUUGUUGUUCCACUUAGUGUGCAUUAUAUAUAUGUAAUUUAAUGAUUGGAAGAUUA